AUGCAGGGAGUCAACGGCCAACGCCCGCUCCUCCGCAAGGAGCAGACCUUCGACAUGUGGCACGACUACAUGAACCUGGGCCGGCUGAUGCAGAGGCUGUGCGACCGGCGGGACGCGCACGGCCAGGAGCCAAACGAUCAGAGGAAGGAGCCGGCGUGGAGCUUCAUCCAGAUCCCCUCCCAGAGGAGGAUCGGCAAAACCUCCUCCGACAGCGGCUCGGCCAGCAGCCUGUCGGACAGCAGCAGCAGCAGCAGCUGCGGCCCCGCGGGGAGCCACUGUCGCUUCUGCAGGCAGAACGGGGAGUCCGCGCGCGUCUACCGCUCGCACGCGCUCAGAUCGAACGACGGCAAGGUGUCCUGCCCCAUCCUCCGGAGCUACACCUGCCCCAUCUGCGACGCCACCGGGGACGACGCGCACACGCGGAGGUACUGCCCGCAGGCGCAGCGGCCGGAGGCUGCGAGGAUGCCGCGCAAGUUCUGGAACUGGUUCGUGUUUGACAUGUGA